UGCAGUAGGUGGGCAGAGCCACAGCAGCAGCACUCUGCAGGCUGAUGAUGCUGAUGGAGUAGGUGGGACGAGGCUACAUUCAUGGCCCUAAAGGACCGUGUGUGUGUCUGCAGCACCGGCAUCAGCAGUGUUUGUAAAGGCGCUUUGUGCAUCGCUAAUCCGCUCUGAUGUCACGGUGCAGAAGGAGGGGCCGCGCUCUCCGCUUUUAAUCCGAGCAAGUUGCCUGGAGGAGGGACACAACCGAGUCAAACCAAGCCGAGCGGAGCCAAGGCACGGGUAGCACGCAGGGGCGAUGUGUACUGCAGCAUCCGGACCCGGGCCUCUCCUCCUCUGACAUACAGGCUGUGCUAUGAGCUGGGUUUUUCUGGAGACCAGAUGAGCAUGUUCUAAAAAUUGGAGUCGCAACACACCCCAGCCAUGAGCCAUAAGUAUCAGGGAGAGGCAUCUGGGGAAGCAGGUGAGGAGCACAAGGCGCCCCCAAGGAGCAGGCAGCCCAACGGGACGUCACCCGGGGAAGCUCCUGUACGUCGGUCCUGGAGGCCAUGUCAGAUGCUCAACCAGGAUGGAGAACCGAAUCCCCAUCAUCAUCACCAUCAUCAUCACCACCCUCCUCACCACCAUCACCAACCACCCACAGGUCGUGGACCCCCUCGGCAUCGUCGACGACCUCAGUCAGGGCAUGGGCAGGGCCAAAGCCAGGCUCAGAGUCCUGGUCAGACCAUAGUGGUUUCUCCUUCCAGGCCAGAAGAGGGCGAGAUUCGAGAAACCGAGCCUCGUCCCGUCCAGCAGCCCCGCCCUGCUGUUGCCCGUUACCGGCGACAUGGCGACCCUAACCCCAGGCUCAGAGGUCAAAGACAGAGGCCCCCGAUCAGAGAGGUGCAGGACUCGUCACCUGGUGCAAAUGACAGGGAGAGUCCAGCAGAGCUGCAGGUACAGCAACACUCAUCAGGUGAUCCUGUAAUGGACCAAUUGCAGGACCGGGGAUCUCCUCACCAGACUCCAGUUGCUGUUGUCACCCCCACCCACCUCUCACCUGGUCCUGCGACCCAUAACAUGCAACUUCACUCCCGACACGCUCCUCCUGCUAAGGCGGAGGAGGACCUCCAGGAGUGUAAAGUGGAGUGUGAAGAGGAACCAAAGGAAGUUAAGGAGAAGGAAGAAGACCAAGAACAGGCAGAGGAUGACGGAGACCACCACUCAGACACUGGUCGCUCCAGUCAUGAUGACAUGCAGGUGGUCGAUGGAGCAGAGGAGCGAGCGGAGAGGGUCGAAGAGGAUCAGGAAGAAGUGAUGGAUGAUGUGGCGGAGGACAUUGCAGCUCAGGGAAGUGAAAUCACUGAUCUCUGCUCUGACACAGAGAGCGCCGCCUCGCUCAGUAUGGACGGACCUCUCCACAGCCCACCGCCCCUUCAGUCCCCAACUCCUCCUUCGUCCCCUGACGUUCCACCUUUCCCUCAGCUGGACCACUUCAGUGAGGAAACCAGCUUGAGCCCUCUGCCUGACAACGACCUGCUACCCGACGAUGAAGAAGAAGAAGAAGAAGAUGAAGAAGAUGAAGAUGAUGAUGAGGAUUGCUCUGAGUCAUGCUCGCUGUCUCGUUUCACCUCCAGCUCUGAAUCUUAUCCAAAAACCUAUGCAGACUUUUAUUCAGAGUCCCACCAAAAAUCCUACACGGAGCCUGUUUAUGAGUCAUACCCGGAGCCAAAAUCCCAUCCUAACUCUUUUCCCGAGCCCCUUAAGACCUCCUACCCUGAAUUACACAGAGAACCUCGCAGGCAAUCUGGUUGGAGGACAGAGCCUAUUGAGGCCCAGCAGGAGUCCCGCCAAGAGCCCUUUACCAGCCAUAGACACGAGAAUGUACAAAAAGGGGCUCCAUCCUCCUCCACCAAGAGCUCCCAUUAUGCCCCGAGGCAGGGCAGAGACCGCGCUUCACAUCACCCCCCUCAGGACCGCUCUGUUGGCUGCCGGCUGCACCACUAUGACGGACAGUCUGACGGUGAGGGUGACAGCGCCGAUCAAAGUCCCGUUCCCAAAAACCGCAGGCAGGCACCCAGGCAAGCUGAAACCCAGGCCAAGAGCUCCUCGUCUGGGCAGAGCAGCUCUGGAGAAGCCCAGGAGGAGCGGAACAUGGCGGGUCUCCACGGGGAGGAAUGUACAAGGGGCUCAGGAGACGCCAUCAGCAUGGCGAUUAAAGACAUUAAGGAGGCGAUUGAGGAGGUGAAGACUAAGACAGUCCGCUCCCCCUACACACCUGACAAGCCUGUGGAUCCCAUUUGGGUGAUGAGGCAGGAGGUCAGCCCCACAGAAGAUGCGUACCCACUGCAGACUACAGCUGACCAUUCUUCUCCUCACUCCCCCUCGCAGUCAGCGUCUGAGUCUCCAUCCCGCUACGCUCCUGUUCCGGCCCGGGAGCCGGUUAGUCCUCUGAGAGUUGAGUCAGCCCGAGCGCUUCAUCCCCAACAUUACCACCAACAGCAGCCCCAACAAAACCAUCACCACCACCAAGGCCACCAUUCACAGCAGAGGGACACGGCAAGGCCGCCGCAGCAGACGUACGCGAAGCCACAACAGUAUGCACACGUGCCGCCCAAUCAGCACCAACAGCGUCAACAUCCGCAUCAACAGCAACAGACCCAACAUCAACAACAGCAUCAGCAGCUUCCAGCUCAGCAGCCGCGUCCACAAGUUCAGCCACUGUCGCCUCCACAGCAGCCGUCUGUCCAGGAGAUUCGCAGAUCUCUUCCUCAGUUUCCGACAUUUGUGGACGUCCCAGGACCGUGUGACCCCGAAGACCUGAUUGACGGCAUCAUCUUUGCUGCCACCUACCUGGGCUGCACCCACCUGCUGUCGGAGAGGACGCCCACAAAGAGCGCCCGCAUGCAGCAGGCGCAGGAAGCCAUGAGCAGAGUGCGGGCUGCUCAGAAGCAGGCAAAGAACAGGAAAAAGAGCCCCGACGGGGAGGCUCCGUCCACCGCCGAGGUCGACCUGUUCAUGUCCACGCAGAGAAUCAAAGUCCUCAAUGCAGACACUCAGGAGUCUUUAAUGGACCUGCCACUGAGGACGAUCUCCUACAUAGCCGACAUCGGGAACAUGGUGGUGCUGAUGGCCCGGGGGAAGAUGGUGCGGUCCCGCAGCGCGCAGGAAAACCUGGACAACACAGCUGAGCAAACCACCAUGACCCACGAUGACAGACGGCUGUACAGGAUGAUCUGCCACGUCUUCGAGUCCGAGGAUGCCCAGCUCAUCGCUCAGUCCAUCGGUCAGUCCUUCAGCGUCGCCUACCAGGAGUUUCUCAGGGCAAACGGCAUCGACCCCGAGGACCUGAGCCAGCGGGAGUACAGCGACCUGCUCAACACUCAGGACAUGUACAACGACGACCUCAUCCACUUCUCCAAGUCAGAGAACUGCAGAGACGUUUACAUCGAGAAGCAGAAAGGAGAGAUCCUGGGUGUGGUGAUAGUGGAGUCGGGCUGGGGCUCCAUCCUCCCCACCGUCAUCAUCGCCAGCAUGAUGCACGCCGGCCCGGCCGAGAAGUCUGGCCGACUCAACAUCGGAGACCAGAUCAUGACCAUAAACGGGACGAGUCUGGUGGGUUUACCGCUCAGCACCUGCCAGAGCAUCAUCAAGGGUCUCAAGUCUCAGUCCAGGAUCAAGAUGAACAUCGUCAGGUGUCCCCCUGUCACCAUGGUGCUCAUCCGCAGGCCGGACCUCAGAUACCAGCUGGGCUUCAGCGUCCAGAACGGCAUCAUCUGCAGCCUGAUGAGGGGAGGCAUCGCAGAGAGAGGAGGUGUUCGCGUCGGUCACCGCAUCAUCGAGAUCAACAGCCAGAGUGUCGUGGCGACGCCUCACGAGAAGAUCGUUCAGAUUCUGUCCAACGCCAUGGGAGAGAUCCACAUGAAGACGAUGCCUGCAGCCAUGUACCGUCUGCUGACAGCACAGGAGCAGCCCGUCUACAUCUGAACACACACUUCUCCCUCUUUUCACAGCGUCACUCAGUCUUUACUACUGUCCAUCAGUCUUUCAGUUGUUUCAAACACCUUUUCUCCUCUCCGUAUCCUGUUUGAUACCACUUGACUUGCCUUAAUCUGUACAGUACACUGUCAUGUAAACAUGUACAUCUACAGUAUGACAGCAGAAGGCAGAUUAUCUCACUAGGCUGAGUGUUAAUGUAACGUGUUAUGUUUGACCAAAGAGAAAUCGUGGGUUUUAUUGUGUAUAUUUAGGUGGCAAACAGACUAAAUAUUACCUUUGGUUGAAUAGCUGUAAUAUCUGAAUGUACUCUAAUCAUGUUGGACCUAUAAAUUGUCAGGGCGACCCAGGACUGAAGUGGUCAAGUUAAAGGGGAAUGCAUGUACAAUUCUGCUGAAUAAACUCUGAAGAAAAGGC